UGUCAGUUCCACUUCCGGUAUCUGUCAGAACACAGCCCCACUUCCAGUGCCGCUCCCGGUGACAAUGGCCGCGCUGUGAUCUUUUCCUGGGAGUUGUGCAUGGCCCCGGUUGUUUGUCUGCUGCAGUGAGGGGGGAGGAGCAGGCACCGGCGGGAUGGGCACCACGGCUGAGCUAUUUGAGGAGCCAUUUGUUGCUGAUGAAUAUAUUGAGCGGCUGGCAUGGCGGACACCAGGAGGAGGAUCCCGAGGUGGGAGCGAAGCUUUCGAUCCGAAAAGGUUAUUGGAUCAGUUUGUGAAUCACAUAGAAGAAUUAAAGAUGAUGGAUGAGAGAAUCCAAAGGAAGGUAGAGAAGUUGGAAAAUCAGUGCCAGAAAGAAGGUAAAGAGUUUGCCAGGAAAGUGCAGGAAUUACAGAAGAGCAACCAGGUUGCCUUCCAACAUUUCCAAGAGCUAGAUGAGCACAUAAGUUAUGUAGCCACUAAGGUGUGUCACCUGGGAGACCAGCUCGAGGGGGUAAAUACUCCACGGCAGCGAGCGGUGGAAGCACAGAAGCUCAUGAAGUAUUUUAAUGAGUUUUUGGACGGAGAGCUGAAGUCAGAUGUAUUUACUAACCAUGAAAAGAUAAAAGAGGCAGCUGAUAUCAUUCAGAAAUUGCAUCUAAUUGCGCAAGAGUUACCGUUUGACAGGUUUGCAGAAGUAAAAUCAAAAAUUGCAAGUAAGUACCAUGAUCUGGAGCACCAGUUAAUUCAGGAGUUCACCAGUGCGCAACGCAGAGGCGAAAUAUCUCGUAUGAGGGAAGUCGCUGCUGUCUUACUUCACUUUAAGGGAUAUUCCCAUUGUGUAGACGUGUACAUAAAUCAGUGUCAAGAGGGAGCAUAUGGCAGGCAUGACAUAUUUGAAGAUUCUGCGUUGUUGUGCCAGCGUGUGAAUAGGGAGGUUGGUGAUAUCUUCAGCAGCCCAGAAAUUGUACUGGCCAAACUUAUACAAAAUGUGUUUGAAGUUAAACUGCAGACUUUUGUCAAAGACCAAUUAGAAGAAUAUAGAAAAUCUGAUGCAGAACAAUACCUUAAGAAUCUUUAUGAACUCUACACAAGAACGACUAGUCUGUCUAGUAAGCUGAUGGAGUUCAACUUGGGAACUGAUAAACAGACGUUUCUGUCAAAGCUCAUCAAGUCCAUUUUUAUCAGCUACCUGGAGAACUAUAUUGAUAUGGAAACUGCUUAUUUGAAAAGCCGCAGUUCCACAAUUUUACAGCGUUAUUAUGAUUCCAAGAACCAUCAGAAGAGGCCAAUUGGCGGCGGAGGAAUUCAAGACCUAAAAGAAAGGAUAAGGCAGCGUACAAACCUGUCUCUGGGCCCCAGCAUUGAUACGCACGGAGAAACCUUCUUGUCUCAAGAAGUGGUGGUCAACCUCUUGCAAGAAACUAAGCAUGCCUUUGAGAGGUGUCAUAAACUUUCAGAUCCAUCUGAUCUUCCCAAAAAUGCAUUCAGAAUAUUUUUAAUUCUGGUGGAUUAUUUAUGCAUUGAGCACAUUGAUUAUGCCUUGGAAAUAGGACUAGUAGCAAUCCCCUCUCCGGAUUCUAAGAAUGCCAGUUUAUAUUUUUUUGAUGUCGUGCAUCAGGCCAAUACCAUUUUUCAUCUGUUUGAUAAACAGUUUAAUGAUCAUCUCAUGCCUUUAAUUAGCUCUUCUCCAAAACUGUCAGAGUGUCUUCAGAAGAAAAAAGAGAUAAUAGAACAAAUGGAGGUGAAACUAGAUACAGGAAUUGACAGGACAAUAAACUGUAUGGUUGGGCAAAUGAAGCAAAUCUUAACUGCUGAGCAAAAAAAGACAGAUUUCAAACCUGAAGAUGAGAACAAUGUUUUCAUACAGUACACGAAUGCCUGCUCCAAAGUUUGUCUUUAUGUCCGAAAGCAAGUGGAAAAGAUAAGGAAUUCUAUGGAUGGGAAGAAUGUGGACACCGUUCUUAUGGAGCUGGGGGUGCGAUUCCAUCGUCUGAUUUAUGAACAUCUUCAGCAGUUUUCCUACAGUUCAAUGGGAGGUAUGCUCGCAAUUUGUGAUGUCGCCGAAUACAGGAAGUGUGCCAAGGAAUUUAAGAUCCCGCUUGUGCUGCAGCUUUUUGACACGCUGCAUUCCCUCUGCAACCUCCUUGUCGUUGCUCCAGACAAUUUAAAGCAGGUUUGCUCAGGAGAACAGCUCGCCAGUCUUGACAAGAGCAUCCAGCAUUCCUUUGUUCAACUCCGAGCCGACUACAGAUCCGCACGCCUCGCUCGACACUUCAGCUGAAGCUCCAAAGGCGACAAUACAGACAUGUUAUCCAAAUGCCGACUGUGGCCGUUAGCAAGCACAGGGAGAUUCCCCUUCUUAAAUAGAGGCUGCUAUAGUUAUUACGUGGGCAGGGACUUUCAGAACCACGCGGUGGCUUUAUUUAACAGUAAGCUCUGCAAGACACUGUGUGAAAGGGGUUAGGCUUUUUUCUGUUUUGUGAAAGUUUUAUUUCCAUGUUUGUUUUCUACAAAUGAACCCUACUUUUUGUACUGGAAAACAUAUGUGUUGCAGUAGGGAACCCAGAAGUUUGCAGCUUUAUCUGUUGCAUUUACGAAGCUGCAAUACUGCUUUUAUAAACGCGCAUAAGGUUUUUAUCAAUCUGUGGGCAACUUGAAAGCUGAAGAUGCAGGAUAUUCCAAGCUGCAUUACAUGUCUUGCUUCGCCGCCAUAAAAAAAACUAAACCCUUAUGCGCUUCCAAAAAAGACUUUAAUUCCUAGCUGGGUCUGGGAAGCUCACAUUAGAUUCUGCAUCUACUCCACUAACCUUACAACAGAUAAAUACAGAAACUGUUAUGAUGCACUAAUUCCUUGUUCGUCUCCUUACAUCUGUGUUCUUCAGAUUUCUGCUUCCAUGGAUACAAACAGAUCAAUACCAUUACAUUACCUGCAUUGAGAAUGACUCUGAUAUAUAGUGGACCUCUCACGCUAACAGUGCAGUUACCAGAGCUUAGUCUCUUCCUCGCAGAUAGUGACUUCAUCAAAUUCAUGAUCUUUUCAGGAGCUAUUUAAUUUAUACAGAUCUUUAAGCAAAUUUAGUUCAACUUUGAUGCAGUUCAUGUCCUUAAUCGGAACAGAAGGUUUCUGUGCAUCUUUGAAGGUCUUAUUCAUUCAUGAAAAUCCUAUUUGUCCAUUUUUAUACGUCCCUCCGUCUAAGGAUGUGAUAUAGUAUGAACCUCUUGACUGCUAGAGUUUGUAACCCAUUGGGGUACAGCCAAGAGGUUAAAGCACUGGUUUAAAUUUUAACUGUAUAUAAAGUAGAUUUUGUUUUAUGCAAGUGGAAAUGUACAAAAUUCCAGUACAACAACGAUUUAAAAUAUUUUCUUUGUUACACCUUUAAAGGGACAGUCUACUCCAAACUUUUUAUUGUUUAUAAAGAUAAAUAAUCCCUUUAUUACCCAUUCCCCAGUUUUGCAUAACCAACACGGUUAUAUUAAUACGCUUUUUACCUCUGUGAUUACCUUGUAUCUAAGCCUCUACAGACUGCCCCCUUAUCUCAGGGCUAUUUACAUAUUUGCAUUUUAGCUAAUUAGUGCUGGUUCCUGCACAACUCCAAGGGAGUGACCACUAUAUUAUCUAUAUGGCACAUAUGAACUAGCAGUGUCAUGCUACGAAAAGCUGAUAAAAAUGUAGUUGCGUAGAAAGAGGCAGAAAUUUAGAGGUUUAAACAUUAUAAAGUAUAUUAAUAUAACUACGUUGGUUGUGCAAAGCUGGGGAAUGGAUAGUAAAGGCGUUAUCUAACUUUUUAAACAAUAACACUUUUGGUGUAGAUUGUUCCUUUAAGCACAAUCAGAAAGCACCCAGGCUGAAAGUUCCUAUUUAAAUAUUAUAAAUAUAGUAAUUUAUAACUUAUAAGCCUUUUUGCCCUAAAAAAAUAAAAUAGGAAAUGCUUUGCACCUAGAAUAUUGCCAAAUUCGAGAUUUUAUAUUAGUUUACAAAGAGUAAUGAAAACUAAAUUGCCAAAUCCUUAAUAUCUGCAUCCUUUCUUGUCAUUUUUUUUUACCAUUUGCUUAGUUCAAACAUCUGAGAACGGCCUGAUCUCUUUAUUCUGAAAACCUCACGAAAACAUCAUUUACCGCAAACCAAUAUUUGUGUUUAAAAGCUAAGAAACCGUUAUUUUUGUAGAUGUGCACAAAAACACCACUAUUACCUGUUUGCGCAAUAUUACAUAUGCAUUUUGCAUAUGUUAUAGCAUUCAACUAAUUUGUUUUUUUUUUUUUUUUAACAUUAUCGUUACUAUAUGGUUUGUGAAUGUUUUGUUUACAUAUUGCUAGUCAUGAUGGUUUUCUGGCUGUAUGUGGGGUACAAGGAAUUGUAUGCUGAACGUUGACUGGUUUAGAUAGAUGGUAAAAGUAUGUCUUUUUAUAAGUAGUAUCUGUUCUACACUAAUAAACUAUCUUUAAAAAAGGCAUAAAAUGCUUCGGUUUUAGCCCAAAACUAUCUAGCGACAGCGACAUUGCUGGCUUUUCAGGAGUUUGAAACCACUGAUUUAAUAAACUUAGUACUCCUUGUUUCCCAAUGGCAAUUAGCCACAACUCAAAAGUACUCAACUGUAGCAGAAAUUAAUUGCAACACACUAUUGUUUUAAAUAAUAAUAAAAAAAAAGUUUUUUGAUUGUAGACAAAAAAGGUUGUUGGUGGAACAAAUAAAUAAUUGAAAGUGUUCAAAAAUUGAAAUGCGAUAGCAAAUUAAAUGUGUUUUUAAAAAAAAACACCAAAUAAUGAAUUUGUAUACGCCACAGCUCCUUGCAGUUGCUUUUUUAAUAUCUAAAUGUUUCUGUUACAAGUUGUCACUGUAGGUUCUUCAUUCGUAAUGCAUCUAUUCUACUAUAAUAAACUUUACACACAAAAAAAAGUAGACUUCCUGAAGAAAAACAUCAGCAAAGAGCUAUGAGCAGUAAAAUCUGAUAAAAUAUUUUAUUACGCUUAUAAUACCAUAUUUUUAUUUUUCAAAAACCUUUCAUUAUAUCAUAUUGAAUAUAUAUACAUCCAUUUAAAGGGACAGUCUACACUUUAUCAUCUUAAAGUCUUACUUUUGAUUAAGCUUCAAAUAGCCUCCUGAACCUAUAUAUAUAUAUAAUAUAAAUAAAAUCAUAUAGGAACGGUAUAAAAGUUGUUUUAAAGUAAAAAUUGUUUCUGGCCACUUUGAAAUGGCUGCCAAGCUCCCCCCACUUAUGACAUCACUAUCUGGGCUACAUCUUUGCACACUUCUGGAUAACAUUGACAGUCUGUUAAAUCCAAAUAGUGAGCCAUUUGUGAUUGGAUGCCAUAUGCAGCCCAGUGGCCAGAAACAAUAUUCAUUUUAAAAUAACUGUUUUACUGUUCCUGCUGCAUGAUAUAGAAAGUAUGCAGGAGGCUAUUUGCUGCUUAAUCUAAGGUAAGACUUUAAGGUGACUAAGAUGUUGAGAGCCCCUUUAAACGAUUGCCAGCACAAACUAAAGUUUAGUAUAUCUGACCUUGGCACUCCUGCAAACGACUACUAUUUAUAUUCCAGAUUAAUAUCCAGCUGACUUGUAGGAAACUCGAUUCUAUUAUAAAAUUUCAAUCUUGGCUGCAGCAAACAGUUAAAUCUUUUAAAUAACUGUGUAACUUUUUAUUCUUGAAUAUGGCAGAGCCCCAAAUAAUUUUGGACAUCACAGAAGACAAAUGCUUGUACUUAUGCCAUUUUGGAGAAGCUUUGAUGUGGAUUCAAAUGACACCUCUGUAAUAAGUUUAAACAAAUUUGGUUUGCUAACUAUUAAAGAAGAGUUUUGUUAUAUAAUCCUUUAACAGCGUUGAAAUAUUUGCCCUCAAUUAAGUCCUAAUCACAGAAGUGCUUGAUAUAUUUUCAUUUUAUAUUUUCUACUUGUUUUGACAUUUUAAAAUUGCAAAAACUGUAUCAAUCUAUUUCUUUAAUAUGUAGCUUUUGUUUUGUGCAAUAUUUUCUUUACGUUCAUUAAAAGGGGUUGCCACAAACAUAUCUCAUCUGUUCUUGCAAAUUAGACCUGUAACAUUUACCUUCAAUAAACAGAUUCCCUCAA